AUGGAAGCGAUGGGCCGUGUGGAACCGCAGCGGGGCCUUGGCGCGGCCGGAUCUCAAAUGCACUUCAUAAUUCAGAAUAUUGAGAAGACAGUUCUACUCUCUGAGCAUGUCAAUCUGCUUAUCACUGAGAUGGAACCUGAGACAGCAGACCAGAAAAUGCAGGAUUUUGAGGCACAGAUUGACCUGGCUGAGAGAGAGCAGUGA